GCGAGCUGGGGGCGGGAACGCGGAAGGGGCUGCGGCGCGGGGCACCUACCGAGCCGGGGGCGGGGCCGGCUGCGAGUGUGCGGGGCGCGCGGGUGACAGGUGUGGCGGCAGCCUUGGGGGACCCGGGGCGACGGCAGCGGCGGCGGCCUGAAGCCUGAGCGGAGGAGACGCGGCGGCGGCGAUGCUGGAGACCCUGCGCGAGCGGCUGCUGAGCGUGCAGCAGGAUUUCACCUCCGGGCUGAAGACUCUAAGUGACAAGUCAAGAGAAGCUAAAGUAAAAAGCAAACCACGAACUGUUCCAUGUUUGCCAAAGUACACUGCUGGUCUAGAAUUACUUAGCAGGUAUGAAGACACAUGGGCUGCACUUCACAGGAGAGCCAAGGAAUGUGCAAGCGCUGGAGAGCUGGUGGACAGCGAGGUGGUUAUGCUCUCAGCGCACUGGGAGAAGAAGAGGGCGAGCCUGGUCCAGUUACAGGAGCAGCUCCAGCAGCUUCCCGGCUUAGUAGCGGAUUUAGAAUCCAUGACAGCCAGUCUGACUCAUUUAGAGGCUAGCUUUGAGGAAGUUGAAAACCACCUGCUGAAUCUGGAGGAUUUAUGUGGACAGUGUGAAUUGGAAAGAUACAAACAUAUGCAGUCCCAACAGCUGGAAAAUUACAAGAAAAAUAAGAGGAAGGAACUUGAAACCUUCAAAGCCGACCUGGACGCGGAGCACGCGCAGAAGGUUCUGGAGACGGAGCACACCCAGCAAGCGAAGCUGAAGGAGCGGCAGAAGUUUUUCGAGGAGGCCUUCCAGCAGGACAUGGAGCAGUACCUGUCCACGGGUUACCUGCAGAUAGCGGAGAGGAGAGAGCCCAUGGGCAGCAUGUCGUCCAUGGAAGUGAACAUCGACGUGUUGGAGCAGAUGGAUCUGAUGGACAUAUCUGACCAGGAGGCCUUGGACGUCUUCUUGAACUCCGGGGGCGAAGACAACGCGGUGCUGUCUCCGGUCUCAGGGCCCGCACCGGGGAUCGGGCAGCACGAGACCAGUCUUCCGGCUCCAACUCCUGCCGACUCACAAGCCACGCAGCCUCCCUCGCCGUCUCUCCGCACCGAGCUGGCCGCCCCGGCCCCCGGCGACGGUGGUGAGUCCCCCAUUGUCCAGUCUGAUGAGGAGGUAGUGGAGGUGGACACUGCUCUCGUCACUUUACACACGGACGACAGCGACUCCUAGGUCAGCGCGCUCCCACAGUGUGACCAGGGAGACGCGGCCGUGUGCGGAUCCUCACUGUGAAGGCAGGUGGUUUAAUGGAGGCUUUUGGCUUGUUACACGGUUGCCGAUGAUGUGAGAGGAACGGACUGUAAGAACAGCUGACAAUAAAGUUUGUGCAGAAGGGCU